AUGUCCAAACUAAUGGGUUCUGAAUGGUCAGGCAUACUCAUUACGAGACUUCUUCUCCUUACCUUUCUUCUUCUCUGGCAACUUGACACUGGGGCUACUUCCCAAAAUGGCACUACGCCUGUUGAAGCGGAUGCUCUUCAAGACCUCGUCAACAGUUUACGUACCAAUGAGACAGAGCACGUCUUCUUGAAUUUGAAUUGUUCGAACGAUGAGGACGCCGAGAUCAAGUGUGAUUGUGAUAACAGCACUGAAGCCUGUUCCGUCACUCAAAUGGACCUCUCAAACAAUAUGCUGACCGGGACCAUACCGAGCCUGGCAAAGUUGCAUCGCCUGAAAGAGCUGGAUCUUUCGAACAAUAUGUUGACCGGUUCUAUACCUGAUAGCCUGACAACGUUGGGUUGUCUACAAUAUCUCCGUCUUCGGUUCAACGUCCUGAAUGAUACUAUACCUAAAAGUUUGGACAGAAUUUCUUCCCUAGAAUCUCUAGAUCUUUUUAGUAACUCCUUGUCAGGCCGUAUUCCUCCCGAACUAGGAAACCUGCAUGCUCUCUCCUUUUUGAAUCUGGAUGACAAUAAUCUUGAGGGAAAGCUUCCAACGGAGCUUGGGAAUUUGGUCAAUCUUAGGAGUCUUGACUUGAGCUUCAACAACUUAAAUGGUAACAUUCCGGAAACGUUGCAGAAACUGAAUAAGUUGUAUGCUGGUGGUCAGAACGUAACCCUAGGAAAGCAUCAUUAUCAUAACGAUACCUCAACAACAAGUUUUAACCUAAGUCCAUCUGAAGAUUGGGCUUAUAGCUUUUCUGGAGACUACUUAUGGGCAACAAUAAAUGAAAGUACUUUAGUAAGAAACUCGACAUGUGAAGUCUCUAAUGUUCAGGGAGACUUAGAUAACAAUUUUCGCCUUGCUCCUGUCUCUUUAAUCUAUUAUGGGCGCUGCUUGCGUAAAGGCAAGUACAACGUGCAACUUCGUUUUGCUGAAACAUUAUAUUCAAAAGGAGAAGAUAACAGCCGAGUAGGGAAACGCGUGUUUGAUGUAUACAUUCAGAACAAACUCGAGUACAAGGAUCUCAACAUAAAGGAACUCCCUGGAAAAGAAAAUGAAGGACGAAAGCUAAGCUUCCAAACAAAAAUACACAAUGGUUCGUUGGAGAUCAAGUUCUACUGGGCUGGGAAAGGAUCUUUGUACAAUCCACCAGCUAUCAAUGGACCUCUCAUAUCAGCUAUUUCGGUCACCAAAGCUGUUGUUUUCUGCUUCCAAAGUUACAAAACUACCUCCUUGGCAAAUCGCGGUAAUUACAGUAAGCUGUAUUUUGUUUCUGCUGCUGCUGUUGGCCUUUAUGUGGAGAAUGGGCUGGAUAGGAGACAGAGAACUACGCGCCCCACGAGGAAGCUUGGUGAUGGACGCUCUGGGAUUGUAUACAAGGCUGAACUGCCAGAUCUAACUGUAGCAGUGAAGAAGCUUGACCCAAAAUCAAAAGCAGUCGAUGAAAUAAGAAGCGAAGUUUAUGCAAAGAAGGUUUUGGACUUGAAACAUGAUAACCUUGUCAAAUUGCUUGCUCCUUAUUCCAGAAGGGACCUACAUUUGCUAAUCUACGAAUUUAUGGAACUUGGCUCACUUGGAAAAGUUUUAUUUGAUCCAAAUGUGCAACUUGAUUGGCCAAAAAGAUUUACUAUCUGCUCGGGGAUAGCGAAGGGUUUGCAGUAUCUACAUGGAAGGAAUCCACAAAUAAUUCACAGAAACAUGAAAGCCAAUAAUAUUCUGCUUAAUGCAAAUUAUGAUGCCAAGAUAACAGAUUUUGGAUUGGCGAAGCUUUACGAGGAGGAAAGUUCAUAUCAUAUCAUGCAAGCUGGACGAGACGCUUCAUACAUGGCCCCAGAAUAUGCAACCAGAGGAGCCAUCACUGUUAAAGUUGAUGUCUACAGUUUCGGGAUCCUUCUUCUUGAAAUCGUUAGUGGCAAAAAUAAUGCAGAUUAUAGUCGAAACCAAGAAUCUGUUUUCCUUCUGGAUACGGCUGGUAAAUUACAUGCGAGAGGCAAACUUGCAGAAUUAGUCGAUGCGAGAAUGGACCGAUAUAAUUGUGAUCAAGCCAACACCAUCCUGAACUUAGCAAUUAUGUGCGUCGAUCUAUCGCCUUCUAACAGGCCUACAAUGUCUCAAAUUCUAAGUGUGUUUGAAGGUGAAAAAACUAUUGAGGAGAUUUCUAAAGAGGUCAAUACCUCAGCAUGA